GGGUUCGUUCAGUUGCCAGAAAAGAAUGGCAACAUGAACAGCGGAGCGUGAGAGCGUCACCGGGGGAAGGGACGAGAUUGAUGGGCAGAGCGCUCACUUCUCAGAGGAUCGCAUUCCGAGGACCGCGCGAGGAAGGGACGUCGCGGCGCCACCACUUCCUGGCUGGACUCCGCUGACAUCUGUAGCCUCCUUUCCACCAGGUUCCCGGGGCUCCCAGCCGCUGCCUGCAGAGGAGCGUGUAGACAGCGCGCGAGGGUCCAGGAGUUCGUGGACCUCCAUCCGAACCGGGGUUCUGCCCCGAUCCCAAGUCCCUGGAUCCCGGUAGAGCCCGCCGGCAAGCGGCUCCGGAGGGAGUUGAACUUGAGUUCAGAUGGCCAACUCGCUCUGAAUCCUGCAGAUUGGUGCUGAGCACGCAACAAAAGUUUGUAGCUUCUCAGUUUCUGGUGCUUCGCAGGGGAGAGGAAAGGAAUUUGACAUUAAACACAAGAAGCAGUCAGGGAGCCGUCUCCUUUAACUUUUCUUCUCUGUUACCAUUUGCAAUGAAGAGGAAACAGAAGAGAUUUCUGCAGAUGACUUUGUUAUUCACGGUGGCUUUGAUUUUCCUGCCUAACGUUGGUCUGUGGUCUCUGUACAAGGAUAAGCACCUGGUGAAGUCAGCGGAGCCCGGGGAGCAGCAGACAUUUCCACUGGGCCUGGGAGAUGGGCAAUUCUAUUCAUGGACAGAUGGUUUGAGAAGAAAGGACUGGCAUGACUAUGAAAGCAUUCAGAAAGAGGCUAUGCGCUCAGGUUACAAACCUGUACAGAAAGUUACUGUACUGAAUGCUGUAGGCAACUGUAAUACGACGGUGGAUCUAAACAUGUCUAAACACAGAAAAGGGAAAGGUGAACAUGGGAAACCUUACCCCCUUACUGAAGAGGACCAUGAUGACUCAGCUUACAGGGAAAAUGGUUUUAAUAUUUUCGUCAGCAACAAUAUUGCUCUAGAGAGGUCUCUGCCAGAUAUUCGUCAUGCUAACUGUAAGCACAAGAUGUAUCUGGAAAGGCUGCCAAACACCAGCAUCAUUAUCCCAUUUCAUAAUGAAGGUUGGACUUCACUCCUGCGGACCAUACACAGUAUAAUUAACCGAACCCCAGGGAGUCUGAUAGCAGAAAUCAUUCUAGUAGAUGACUUCAGUGAGAGAGAACACUUGAAGGAUAAAUUGGAAGAAUACAUGGCCAGAUUUUCCAAAGUGAGGAUUGUUCGCACCAAGAAAAGAGAAGGACUCAUCCGGACCCGUCUCCUGGGAGCAUCUAUGGCCAGAGGAGAAGUCCUGACGUUCCUGGACUCCCACUGCGAGGUCAAUGUGAACUGGCUGCCUCCACUCCUCAACCAAAUUGCACUAAACCACAAAACCAUCGUGUGUCCCAUGAUCGAUGUCAUUGACCACAAUCACUUUGGGUAUGAGGCACAAGCUGGAGAUGCCAUGCGAGGAGCCUUCGACUGGGAAAUGUACUACAAAAGAAUCCCCAUCCCUCCAGAGCUCCAGAGGGCAGAUCCCAGCGACCCUUUUGAGUCUCCUGUUAUGGCUGGAGGUCUCUUUGCUGUGGAUCGGAAAUGGUUUUGGGAAUUAGGUGGCUAUGAUCCAGGUUUAGAAAUCUGGGGAGGAGAACAGUAUGAAAUCUCUUUUAAGGUUUGGAUGUGUGGAGGAGAAAUGUUUGAUGUUCCAUGUUCUAGAGUUGGUCAUAUCUACAGGAAGUACGUUCCAUACAAAGUUCCAUCUGGGACCAGCCUGGCAAGAAACCUGAAGCGGGUAGCUGAGACCUGGAUGGAUGAAUUUGCUGAGUACAUUUACCAGCGGCGGCCGGAGUACAGGCAUCUCUCCACGGGGGACAUCUCUGCCCAGAAGGAGCUGCGCAAGCAGCUCAAGUGCAAGGACUUCAAAUGGUUCAUGGCUGCUGUGGCCUGGGACGUGCCUAAAUACUACCCUCCAGUGGAGCCCCCGCCUGCUGCCUGGGGGGAGAUCCGAAAUGUGGCAGCAAAUCUCUGUGUGGACAGCAAGCAUGGAGCCACCGGAACAGAGCUGAGGCUGGACAUCUGUGUCAAGGAUGGUUCUGAAAGAACAUGGUCUCAUGAACAGCUUUUUACCUUUGGAUGGAGAGAAGAUAUUCGACCUGGUGAGCCACUGCAUACCCGGAAAUUCUGCUUUGAUGCGAUCUCACACAACAGCCCCGUUACACUCUAUGACUGUCAUGGCAUGAAGGGGAACCAGCUCUGGGGAUACCGGAAGGACAGAACAUUAUUCCAUCCUGUGAGCAACAGCUGCAUGGAUUGCAACCCCGCAGAGAAGAAGAUUUUCAUGGCCAGAUGUGACCCUCUCGCUGAGACUCAGCAGUGGAUUUUUGAACACAUUAAUAUGACUGUUUUAGAAAAAUUUAACCACUAUGCCAGCUCCUAGAAAGAAGAAAGAAAGAAAGAGUGAUUAUCUACAGGUUAUAAAUUAAAUUUUAGCCAGCAUCUGGGUCGAAGGAGUCAGGAAUAACAUUUCCUCGAUCCAGGAAGGCUGGUUUAAAAAUUUGUAAAUGCCAUGUCAAAGUAGGUUGUUUUGAAGAACUUCCUGCAUCUGAAGAACUUGGCUGAGAAUCUCACCAGCUGCUUCUGAGAACUCGAGACUAGCAGUUCCCUUGCUGGUCAAGGGCAAAGAUAAUUUAGGGACUUUUCAAAACAACUGCUGAGCUAAUAAAUCCUAGCAUUUCUCAGGUCAAAUCCUGCAGUAGUGAGUAGCUAUGAAUGGAUCCUAUUAACUGGGUGGGAGGGGGGUGAAAACGGAGUGCAUGACUGCUCUGACAACCUGAGGAUAUCACAGGUUUAGAACUAGCCAAGCUUAAGGGGUGAGCUGUACUCUUUGGUGCCAUUCUCUGACUAAGAAUGGGUUCAACAGGUUUAACCCUUAAAAGUGCUGCAGAUGAUUUCAGAGUGCUCAUACUAUUCUGUUUUUUUUUUUUUUUUAAAUGAGGGUGCAAUAUUUAAUGUAAGACUUAAAUUACAUAAUGAAAUGGACAUCCAGUGUUCCCAUUCUUUCGUUUAUAUUUGCCAUUUUUUUUCAGAGCAAAGGUUUCUUAUUUAUGAAAGUUUAUGCUCCAUGAAUCCACUGAUUUUCUAAUUCAGUGCCCUUCUAUGAAUCCAGUUAAAAACAAAAGCAAAAACAAAAAUCUAUGCUAUCAAGUUACUCCAAAGAAAGAUUUCACAGAAGCAGCAAAACCAUAUAAGAUUUAGGAGAGGGACUUCCCUGGGAAAUCUAUUUUUACUUUUCUAUUAUUUUUAAAAUCUUAAAAGUCUGACAUUUGUCCAGUCAUAAUUUUUAUUAAGCAAGGAAAUGGAGUGAGGUUGAUGUAAUUUGUUUAGGAGAUUCUUAAACCCAAAUAAAUCUACACUCCAAGUGAUAUGUGAAAAUGGCUUGGUUCACUUCAAUUCUGUUUAGUCAGUGGUGGGAGCUUAGAAGUGGUUUUAUUUGUUCGUUUGCUUGUUUGGGUUUUGCUUUUGUUUUUUAUUUUUUUCUUGUUCUUUUGUAGUGUUGAUAUUAAUGAUGUUCUUUUAUUUGGAAGCUCAUAAAAGGAAUUACAGUUAAUAAAGUGUUUCUGAUACCAUUUUCUGUUAAUGGGACAAUAUUUCAGGGAUGCAAAAAGGAAUGCUCCAAAAACUAAAUGGAACACUUAAUCCUUAAAACAAUUUUUUACUGUUCAAUAAUAUCACGUUGGGGGAAGAAAAUACAGGUAUCAAGGUGGUUCUCGGGAAAAAAUAAUCAUGUUUACUGUAUCUCUCAAGUUUUUUUGGUAUAAAAAUGUUUUAACUUUGCUUUCUUUUUGCUUUUUGUUUGAAGUUGGUUUUCCUGUUAAUAAAAAUUUAUAUAACA